AUGCGUCUUCGAGUGGAUCAGACGGCACUCUCACCGCCUCUCGAGGAGGCUACCGGAGUCACUCUCGGCAUCCACUCCGUGCCCGAACACGGCGGUAUUCUCGUCAAGGUCCAGCCCCGCGGGCCCGCAGCGCUUCCCUUGACGGACGACGGCAAAUCGCUGCCCUUGCCCCGGACCCCGUGCGAUAUUGUGCUCGUCAUCGACAUCUCCGGUUCCAUGAAUUCCAGAGCCCCCAUCCCGGGAGACGGCACCGAGCCCGACUACGGCUUCUCCGUGCUCGAUCUCACCAAGCACGCCGCCCUCACCAUCCUCGAGACCCUGGACGAGGCCGACCGGCUCGGCAUCGUCUUCUUCUCCGAUAACGCCCAGAGUCGGUGCCAGCUGGAGCCCAUGACGGAGGCGAAUAAAGCUAUUUGCAAGAAGAGAAUCCUCGGCGCUCGGCCUCGGGAGGGUCCCGCCAUGAUGGUUCUCACUGAUGGACAGCCGAACAUGGGCUGCCCAUCCCGCGGUUAUGUCCCCAAACUUCUCGAGAGAGGAAGCGACGGCGUCACCCCUGCAAUCCAUACCUUUGGCUUCGGCAACCACCUUCGCUCCGGUCUCCUCAAGUCCAUCUCCGACGUCGGCGGUGGCGGCUACUCCUUUAUUCCAGACAGCAGCAUGUUGGGCACCGUCUUCGUCCAUACCCUCGCCAAUCUCCAGUCCACCUACUCCAACCGCACGAGCCUACGCCUGCGCUACCCCUCCAGCCUGACCCUCAAACCCGGCAACGGCCUCGUCGCCGCCGCGCCCAAGCCCGUCAAAUGCACGGUCGACGGCCAGCAGCUGACCGAGCUCACCAUUCCGCUCGGCAACCUCCAGUACGGCCAGUCCCGCGACCUCUUUUUCCAAGCCGCCCCGGCGGAGCUCGUCGCGUCCGGAACGCAGGUCGAGGCCGUGCUCACCUACUCGUGCAUGACGGACGACAAGGUCUCCGUGUCUCACCGCGUCGACUUGGGCGAGCCCGCCACGGGUAGGCUCGGCCCCUCGCCGGCCGAGGUCGCCUACCACGUGUCCCGGUCGCAGAUUUGCGAGUUCAUCGGCUCGCACUACAAGUUGAACCCGGACCAAGAGCACGCCAAGCGCGUGGCCAAGGCGGCGCCGGACGGCCUGCAAAAGCUCCUGGAAGCCCUCCCCGCGCGGAAAUUCAGCACCGGGGCGGACGGCGAGGACGACGCCGACAACGGCGGAAACGGAAACGGCCUCAACGACUCCCUCCUCCACGAGCUCGACGCCGACCGCGGGGGCCAGAUCCCCCUCGCCGUGGGACCCGACUACUUUCAAACCUGGGGCGAGCACUAUCUCCUCAGCCUCAAGUCCGCUCACGAGAGGCAGGUGUGCAACUCCUUCAAGGACCCCGGUCCGCUGCAGUACUCGUGCGACAGCCCGCUCUUCAUCCAGUGCCGCGACAUCCUCGACGACGUCUUUGACAAUCUCAAGGCCCCGCCCCCGUCGCUCCGGACCAGCUACACGGGCGAGCGCGACAUGCGCGUGUACCGCAACGUCGCGGGGCCCUGCUUCGCCGGGUCCACCCCGGUCCAGCGCGUCCUGGCCACCCCCGUCGGCGCGCAGGUCGUCGUCCGGCUCGGCGCCGACGUCCUCGUCACCCCUUGGCACCCCGUCGUGCUCGGGCGACCCGGAACCGCGGCCUGGCAGUUCCCCGCGGUUGUGGCGGGAGGUCAGCCCGUGUGGUACCGCGGCGCCGUGUACUCGGUGCUGCUGGAGCGGGACGAGGACGUUGACGCGCACGCCAUUGCUGUGGGAACGGGAGAAGUCUGGGGCGUCACGCUCGGCCACGGCAUGACGACCGGUGCGGAUGUGAGGGCGCAUGGCUUCCUAGGGAACCGCCAGGCUGUCAGCGCGGCUCUGGAUAAGCUGGGAGAAGGUCGGAGGGGCGCCGGCGUCGUCUUUGGCGGCGGGGUCGUCAAGGACGCAGAAGGGCUGGUGUGCGGGUUUGCGCCGUUUAGGGGCGUCCCGGGUGCGUCGAGGAGGGUGAAGAUGGUGGGAGCUAGCGCUUGGCGGAGGGUUGUCGUUUGA